AGCUCCUUUGUAGUGCAUUCUGGGGAAUGUGGUUUGCGGAGGUUCAGAGGCGCUCUGAGGUCGGCGAAACCACCGUCCAGGAAAGAAGCGUCAGUUUAAUUCUGAUCGCCGAGGUGCAGACAGGAGUGGGUCCUCAGAGGGUGCACUCUGGAAGGGUCCAGCUGCUGGCAGGGCUGCUUUUCCUGAAAGCGCUGCCAGCACGUGAAGGUAGUUGGCAGUCCUCUAGCAAUGGAUAAAUUCGUCAUUCGAACGCCUAGAAUCCAAAAUAGUCCUCAGAAGAAAGCUCCUGGUGGAAAGAUUUACAAGCAGGCCACGAUUGAAUCUCUGAAGAGAGUUGUGGUUAUAGAAGACAUAAAAAGAUGGAAAACUACACUGGAGCUUCCUGAUCAGACCAGAGAGAAUCUAGUGGAAGCUUUACAAGAAUUAAAGAAGAAAAUACCCUCCAGGGAAGUGUUAAAAUCAACAAGGAUAGGUCACACCGUGAAUAAGAUGCGUCAGCACUCAGAUCCAGAAGUGGCUUGUCUUGCCGGAGAAAUUUACACUGAGUGGAAAACUUUCAUGGAAAAACAUUUAGACAGACCUUCUAUUGAAGUGCGGAGUGACCCCAAAACGGAGACAUUCAGGAAAAAUGCCCAGAAGUUACUCUCAGAAGCCUUGGAAUUAGAGAUGGAUCACCUACUGGUUGAAAAUAUCGAGCAGGAAGCGUUUCAUCUCUGCUCCCGCCUCAUUAACGGGCCAUACCGGCGGACCGUGAGAGCCCUGGUCUUCACAUUAAAGCACCGAGCUGAAAUCCGGGCUCAGGUGAAGAACGGCUCGCUGCCAGUCGGCACGUUUGUACAGAACCACAAAAAAUGACCCGAGGAUGGUUCCAGCGCUGGGCUGGGCAGAAAGCAAAAUGGGCCCCUCUCGCUGCCAUUCAAAGACGUUUUGCAGUUUGGGUGGCGGCUGCUGCCGGUGGCGCUGAAUUUUCCCCUGGUGCCAUUCCUCCAGCCGGGCUGCCGAGAGCCCCACGGGCCAGGCAGCAGGAGAGGUUUCAUUAGCUCUAGUGCGCUUGUGCCGCCUCGCGGGACGUAGCCGGCUGUCACUGGGGAGCUCAGUAGGGUCGCCGUCACCCAGCCCCAUGAGAGGGGGAUGGAUUUCACUGCGAGUGUGCCAAGGACACCUCUAAACUCCCCCAUGUCAGGCAGACGAAGUGACUACUUGAUUUCGCCACCCUGCGGGUAACUGAAACUCAAUUACCACGGCGGCUCGCUCAGUCCCGUCCCCCUGAGUUUAGACAGCUCCCGUGCCUCUCAGAACUCCCCUGUCUGUUCUCUUUGCUCUACCCCAGGGGUGAGCCUGCUGGAGCCAGCCAACUACCCCUUCUCUCCAGAACUCACUUAUCUGAACAUUGCAGCUCUCCCUGGAAGACCUUCUGCAUUGGUCUCCGGAGCCCCCAUGCUGAGGCUUCUAAUGAGGAGCUGGCCUGAAGCCUCCCCACACCUUGGGGUUUAUUUGAAUACACUGCCUCUUGGUUUAGGGCUUCGCAGAAGAUACAUAAUGAAAUUUCUCUUGAAACGAAUAUCAUAGUAAGAAAAAAAAAUACAUCUAUAUCCUAAAAUGAAAUGCCGCUGUAUAGGGCUGCUUGAACAGUUAAGUAAAUGGCAUUUGUAAUAAUAAACUGGGGCUUUUUUUUUUUCCCCC